AUGACUUCAAAAUGGCAACGUCUUCACCUGUCCGAUCAAAGUGUGCCUCCCCUGCUUUUCCAAUACACAUGGACAAAGCAAGGCUACGAGAUUUACAUAACAGACCUCGCCUACAUCUGGUCGGAACGGCUAUCUCAAAAGCAAAUUAUCAAGCGAGCUGAGGAAGAUGCUACCACUAUUGACCCUGGAGAGGAUUCAGAGCAGCUCAACGUGCUUUUGGAAAAGAUCGGGGAAGCCCUUCAAACAGGGAAAGGUAGCGUGGUUCUAGGCAGCGGAGCGCAGACCAACUCGUUAGAAGUCAAAACAACCACCAAACUGCCUGCACCUCUCAAGCCUCUAAGAUGGAAUCUGAAGCUGGUCAAAGAAUCACCGUCAUAUCUGACAAGCAAAAUGCUACUUCCGCUUAUCAGCGAGGAAGCUAUUAGGGAGCUUCGGCAGCGCUCUCUCUUGCAACAGAUCAAACAGAAAGACUCGGUGCUCAGCAAAUUGCUAGACAAGAUUGAAACGACAGGCGUUGACCUAGGGACUGUAUUUCCCAGCGCCGCGGGAUCUCGAUCGUCCCGUAAGGCUAUCACUCGAUCCGAGGCUGCUAGGUUUGUCAAAGGCAUUGAGCCCUUUAAUGAACAAACCUGGCUUGCCAAGACAGAAUCGUCCGACGGUGCGGGACUAGCCAACAAUUUACUCCAGGAACUCACAGGAUCCGGUGAACCUGGUGAUAUCGCCAAGUUCAGCCAACCACAGGAGCAAUGGUGGCAUCAACUUACGGGGCUCUCUGGGACCACCGCCAGAGACACCUCUCAAGAGAGCGAAGAUCCGCCGCGUAUUGACCGCAAUUACGACGCACCAGUUUCAUCGAGUCAUGUUGACAUAGAAGGGGAAUUAACGGCAAGUAGCGAUGAUGAUGAGUUUCAGUCAGAGCCCGCCAAAAGCAAACGCUCACCACUCGGACAAAAGCCCAGGAAGAAGAGUCCAUCACCAGUGCCAUUACCAGCUGAACCGGAUGAUGAAGCUACUGCAUCAGAUUCCGACCCAGAGCCGGAACCGCGCCGAAACCGCAUUCCAACGGUAUCAAAAUCGCCAGAGCCUCCGGCUCCUGUGUCGCAGGAGAAACCCAGUCGAAAAAUUGGCGGGCUGGGUAUCAUUGGUGGCAAAAAAAGCAAAGAAGGAUAUUCUGUUGCUCCAGCGCAACCUCGCAGUUCCCCGGAGCACCAAGCACCCCAGAAGUCGCCACAGGAGGAUAGAUUCAACGACAGCCCCCCUCCCACAUCCUCGACUCCACCACAGAGAGAAGCAAACGUCAAACGACCAGGAAAGCUCGGUAUGAUAGGCGGCAAGGCCAAAGCUAAAGUCCCCGUUCCAGUGCAAAAGGACCCUUCUCCGCCAGUAGUUGAGACGCGGGCUUUAUCUCCCGACCAAUCCUCUCUCACCAAGUCAAAAGCUACGAGGGAAGCUACCCCGGACGUCGCCCGCAAGGAAGGCACCCCAUUGUCUUCAUCACGGGCCGCUGAGACAUCUACCGCUGGUCCACCUGCAGAGCUGGAAACCGAUGAACAGCGCGCUGACCGGAGGCGUGAGGAGCUAAAGCGGGCGCUUGAGGCUAAGGGCAAAGCACCUGCGAAAAAGAAGCGGAGGUUUUGA